GCCUGGGCAGUGCAGCCGGGGCGGGCAGCCCUUGCGAGAAGGCCUGCAACCCCCGGAUGGGCAACCUGGCACACGGGCGGGCACUGCGGACGGAGACGGCCUGCGGGCGCCACGCCGCCGAGUCCUUCUGCGCCUACACCGAGGACACCGCGCUCCGCUGCCAGCCCCCCGCCUGCGGCCGCUGCAGCGGGGCCCACGCGGGGCUGGCGCAUCCCCCCGCCGCCAUGGCCGACUCCCCCUUCCGCCGGCCCCGCACGUGGUGGCAGGCGGCCGGGGACACCCCGCAGGAGACCAUCCGGCUGGACCUGGAGGCCGCCUUCUACUUCACGCACCUGAUCCUGGUCUUCAAGUCGCCCCGGCCAGCGGCCAUGGUGCUGGAGCGCUCGCAGGACUUCGGCAAGACCUGGAAGCCCUACAAGUAUUUUGCUGCCAACUGCUCCGCAGCCUUCGGGCUGGAGGACGACGUGGCGAGGAAGGGAGCCCUCUGCACCUCCAGAUACUCCAGCCCCUUCCCCUGCACCGGAGGAGAGGUGAUAUACCGAGCCCUCUCGCCGCCCCUCGCUGCCCAGGAUCCCUACAGCGCGGAAGCCCAGGCGCAGCUGAAGGUGACCAACCUGCGCGUGCGGCUGCUGGAGCGGCAGAGCUGCCCCUGCCUCCUGCCAGCCCCGCAGGCCCCACCGGCCCCACACUACGCCGUCUACGACUUCAUCGUGAAGGGCAGCUGCUUCUGCAAUGGCCACGCCGACCGCUGCGUCCCCGUCAGCGGGUUCCGGCCCGUCAAGGCGGCUGGUGUUUUCCAAGUGGUCCACGGGAAGUGCAUGUGCAAGCACAACACGGCAGGCCAGCACUGCCAGCUCUGUGCCCCGCUCUACAACGACCGCCCUUGGCAGGCUGCCGACGGCAAAACCGGAGCCCCCAGGGAGUGCCAGUCGUGCAAGUGUAACGGGCACGCUGACACCUGCCACUUUGACAUGGAUGCCUGGCUGGCAUCGGGCAACCGCAGCGGCGGCGUCUGCGACAACUGUCAGCACAACACGGCAGGGCAGCACUGCCAGCGCUGCAAGCCGGGCUUCUACCGGGACCUGCGAAAGCCCUUCUCCGCCCCUGAUGCCUGCAAACCCUGCUCCUGCCACCCGCUGGGAUCGGCCGCGCUGCCCCUGGGUCCCCGCACCUUCUGUGACCCCAGCACCGGUGACUGCCCCUGCAAGCCCGGUGUGGCAGGGCCCCGCUGCGACCGCUGCCUGCCCGGGUACUGGGGCUUCGGCGCCGACGGCUGCCGGCCCUGUGACUGCGCCCGCAGCUGCCACCCGCACACCGGCGACUGCCGCAGCAGCAGCUCAGACCCCAGCUGGCAGCAGGAAGCUCUUCCCUUCCCACCGGCAUUCAACGAGAGCGAGCCCUCCUGGGGCUGGGAGGACGAGCAGGGCUUCUCAGCGCUGCGGCACUCUGGUAAAUGCGAGUGUAAAGAACAAGUUUUGGGCAAUCCCAAGGUCUUCUGUGGGAUGAAGUACACCUAUGUGAUAAAGACAAAGAUCUUGUCAGCGCAUGACAAGGGCUCUCAUGCUGAAGUCAAUGUGAAGAUCAAGAAAGUCUUGAAAUCUACAAAGCUGAAGAUCCUGCGGGGCAAGAGGACACUCUACCCUGAGUCCUGGACUAACAGAGGCUGCACUUGUCCAAUCCUCAAUCCUGGCUUGGAGUACCUGGUGGCAGGACACGAGGAUGUGCGGACAGGCAGGCUCAUCGUCAACAUGAAAAGCUUUGUCCACCAGUGGAAGUCAGCUCUUGGAAGAAAGGUCCUGGAGAUUUUGAAGAGAGACUGCAACUAGAUGUGCACAACCCCUAGGGCAUUUCUUCAUGCACAAAAUGCAAAAGCCUUCACAGAGGGAAGAUCUCUAGGAUGAAAACUGGAACGUAAGAAAAUAGUGCCAAAACGCGUAGCGAGGCGUUAUGAUUUGUAGGCACUGUCUAAUUUAACCCUUCCUGGUCAAUGCCCAUUCACUCGCCUGUAGCUUCCUUGCCAGGCGCUCCCUGAGCCUGGCUCUUUGAGGGGAAACAGAAGGGAGGGGGGCCUCUGGUCUGGCUCCAGGGCAGUGCCAGAGCAACACCCACGAAGCCACCCAUCACCCCGACCUAUUUUUCCACCUGCCAGGGGGAAAGCCUGCCCAUGAUCUGCAGCUGGGAAGUGCUGCCAGUGCCACCAGCAUGGAUCUGGAGUCACUCCCAGAGGCAGCUGCAGGGCGGGCAGGGCUGGCAGCAGGCGCCCGUGGCAGAGGGCUGGGUGCUGCCUGCUCCUCACCUCGCCAUCCCGCUGGAGGCUGCAGGGGCUCAACCCCCUGCUCGUGCUCGUGCGGGCAGACCUGCCAGGUGGUGUGAAUUCCUCUGCCCUCGUGCACGUGUGAUGCAGGGCGGGUGCUGGCUCUCUGCCUUCGCUGCGGAGAAGAGCCGGCUCCGCAGGGCACGGCAUCUCUGAGCACUUGUCCUUGAAGUGUUAAAAUAUGAACCCAGCCCCUUGUAAAUAUUUCAUAGUAUAAAGCACUUUACUACCUGCCACUUCACGGUGUGGAAGGCCGGAUUGUGUUGGGGAACGAAGAGGCUGAAGGUGGCACUUGAGAAAACCUUCUUGAAACAGAAGCACUCCUGAAGACGCCCCAGCUGGACAGCGUUGACGGCAUAAAGGGAACAGCCAGCCUGGCACGGGCCGCUCACAGCAUCCCAGGGUGCAGUCUGAAAGAUAGUAAGCAUUUGCACUGAAGUCCCAGCUUCAGACCAGCGCUCGGACUCCAUGGGCAGGACUCCAGCAAGACUUGGCAAGCAGUACGAAAAGAAGAGACUUUGGAAUAAAAAUGCAAUUGCCAGAGGAGGAAACUCUGCCUGCAGGAGAAGGAGUGGAUCCGGAGAAUGGAAAGGACUCCCAUUCACAUAUCCCUACCCAGUGAUUCACGAUGGGCCUGGAGUUUAUUUUAUUUUUAUGUUAGUAUUUAAAACUGAAUGUUUGAUUUGUUUUCUUCUGUGUUAUUGUUUGCAAUAUAUAUGGCCAUUAUACUUCCUCAUUAACACCAGUAUGGAAUAUAGCACAGUUUACUGCAGUUUUCAGCACUAAAGUAUAUCUUUUCUGUAAAGCAUCUUUAAACCACCUUGCAUAGAGUGUAUUUUGUUCUGGAGUAUGAGAGGAAAGAAAAGGCAGACUUAAAACAUCAUAAAAGCUACAAGUCUACCAAUCUGCUUUACGUAUGUAUUUUUCUUUCAAGGUCCUGUGGACUCACAAAAAAAAAAAAAUGAUACUAUUUUGGUAAUUUGUUUUUAUAUCUCAUCUAUGUAAUAAAUAUAUUAUGAUUUCAACA